AUCCAGCACAUACACCCAACCAUGUAACAUCCGCUUUUAACUUGUCGUCGAACAAAGGAAACCCGUCGAAACUACGCGCACAAUUUCCAGACCGUGGCUGUUGAAACUCCGAACUCCAAAGUCAGCUUUUACAGAAAAAAUUGCCGUUGUCGGCUGAAGCCUGAAAAGUCUUAAGACAACUGGUCGGGGAAACCGGUGCUCUGAAUCUGUAUAUUCGUAAGGAGCUCUGAAUAUUGGGUGCAUUUUUCAGGAGCGUGACUUGGGUUGUUCAGGAGAAGAUCGUUCAAGAAUCAAGAUGGGUCUGCGGGGUUCUUUUCCUUCUUCUUCUUCUUCUUCUUCUUGGGUAGCAAUUAUCUUGGUCUUGAAUGUGGUGGUGAUGUGCAAUGGGGGGAAGACGAGCACUUUUGUGAGGAAAGUUGAGAAGACUGUGGAUAUGCCUCUGGAUAGCGAUGUCUUUCAAAUCCCUCCUGGCUAUAAUGCACCUCAACAAGUUCACAUAACACAGGGAGACCAUUUUGGGAAGGCAGUCAUAGUUUCAUGGGUGACUGUGGAUGAACCGGGUUCCAGUACAGUGAUUUAUUGGAGUGAAAACAGCAAGGAAAAGAAACAUGCCGAAGGCAAAAUUCAUACCUAUAAGUUCUACAAUUACACUUCUGGUUUCAUUCAUCACGCUACCAUAAGAAACCUGAAGUUUAACACCAAAUAUCAAUACGUGGUCGGGAUUGGGCACACUCCAAGGCAGUUCUGGUAUAACUCCCCUGAAGUUGGCCCUGAUGUGCCUUAUACGUUUGGUCUAAUUGGGGAUCUUGGUCAGAGUUUUGAUUCAAACAGGACGCUUACUCAUUACGAGUUAAACCCACAGAAAGGGAAAACGGUGUUGUUUGUUGGGGACCUCUCUUAUGCAGACAACUAUCCAAAUCAUGACAAUGUUAGAUGGGAUACAUGGGGAAGGUUCAUCGAGAGAAGUGUUGCAUAUCAACCAUGGAUAUGGACUGCAGGGAAUCACGAGCUAGAUUUUGCCCCGGAGAUCGGGGAAACAAAACCUUUUAAGCCUUACACUCACCGUUAUCAUGUGCCUUAUAAAGCUUCAAAGAGUACUGCUCCCUUUUGGUAUUCAAUCAAGAGAGCUUCAGCUUACAUCAUAGUGUUGUCUUCAUAUUCAGCAUACGGUAAAUAUACGCCUCAAUACACAUGGCUUGAAGAGGAACUACCGAAAGUUAAUAGGACCGAGACACCUUGGCUGAUUGUUCUCACGCAUUCCCCUUGGUAUAAUAGCUAUAACUAUCAUUAUAUGGAGGGGGAAACCAUGAGAGUAAUGUUUGAGGCCUGGUUUGUGAAGUACAAAGUUGAUGUGGUAUUUGCUGGUCAUGUUCAUGCUUAUGAGCGAUCUGAACGUGUAUCCAACAUUGCCUACAAUGUCGUAAAUGGUAUUUGCACACCUGUAAGAGAUCAAUCAGCGCCUGUAUACAUAACCAUUGGUGAUGGAGGGAACCUCGAAGGCUUAGCAACCAAAAUGACCGAACCACAGCCAGAGUACUCAGCUUAUCGUGAGGCAAGCUUUGGUCAUGCCACUUUUGAUAUCAAGAACCGAACCCAUGCUUACUACAGUUGGCACCGCAAUCAUGAUGGAUAUGCAGUGGAAGCAGAUUCCAUGUGGUUUUUCAACAGAUACUGGAGUCCAGUUGAUGAUUCCACAAACUCCCAAUCAUCAUGAUAUUAAAAUCUGUCAUGCGCUCCUUGAAAUGAGAAAAUCUAUUUAUAAGUCUUAUUUUUUAUAUAACUAGCACUGUUGAUCUGGAAGCUUUCUACAUCAACUAUGCUAAAAAACGAUUAGUGUUUUGAUUUUUUUUUAAAGUUAUAAUGGAUCCCACUAUAAGUGGUAUGUUAACAUAUCAGCUUAUGUGUAACAAAACUCAUUCAAAAUAAAUGAUCUUUUUGUAGUU